AUGUACGAGAUGGAGACAUUCCGUGAGCGGACGUUGGCGAAUCGCUACCAACCGCGGCAACAUCUGCCUCCGAACUUCCCCAACGUUCUCAAGGAAUACGCUCGUGAGGUGCUUCGUGCCCAGCCUGAGGACGUGCUGCAGUGGAGCGCCAAUUACUUUAAACGGCUGGCGCUAGAAUCGGACCCGCUGCAGGCGCAGCAGCUCGCGCCUGCCCACCUUGCUCAUGCGGCGGAGGACGAGGAGCGUGAGGCAAUGACGCAGCGUUUGGUGAAGAUGUUUGCUGAACUCGAUAGCGGUGCGUCCGGUGUUCUGCCCAUACAAACCAUAAGGCAAUCGCUUCUGGAGACGUGUAAGCUUACCCCCUCGCAGGCGCUCUACGUCAUGACGACCACGGCGCUAGCGGAGAGCGACCCCGUAGACUACAACGCAUUCGCUAAGGAGGCGUGUGGUGCGGUACUUUUCUUUGAGCAGACGCGUCACGAGUUUGAGGUGGGCAGCGUCGAGGACGCCACCGUUCAUGGGCUGUCGAGGCGGGACGUGGAGCAGGAGUUUCUGCGCAUCCUGCGGUACGCGGACGAGGCAGCCACAGGUCUGCUUCCCCUUGAUCGCUACUGCGGCGCCCUCGCCAACGCCCCGUACCACCUCACCCGUCGCGACUUGCGACUCCUUCGCAUCGAGGCGGCGCGAAACAGCGAGAAUGAGGUAGACUACGAAGCGGAACUUGCGUACAUGUUUGAUCGACUUCUGCUGGCCGAGCAGUUUUGCCGUUUCGACGAGGAUGCGUGA